AUGAGUUCGCGCUUCACUAGGUCCCACUGUCCCGUCGAAGAAGGUUCCUCGGAAAAAGAUGACGAAAGCGAUGAAGCGGAAGAAGAUAACAACGGAGAGGAAGAAGAAGAGGGUCACGAAGCGGCGUCUGAUGAGAGUGGUGAAGACGAGGAUAAAGAAGAAGAAGGGUCUGACGAGAGCGGAGAGGACGACGGAGAAGCUGAAAAAGUAGAAGAAGAGGAAGAGAGUGUAGAGAAGCGUUCAGCUGAAGAUGCAGAAGAUGAUGAUGAUGAUGAUGAUGAUGAGGAUGAUGAUGAUGAGAACGAUGAUGAUGAUAAUGAAGAUGAAGAUGAUGAUGAUGAUGAUGAUGAUGAUAAAGAUGAUGAUGAUGAUGAUGAUGAGAACGAUGAUGACGGCGACAAAGAAGACGAGGAAAAAGGAGAAGGUGAAAAUGAUGAAGGAGAUGAGGGCGAAGAAGGAGAAAAGGAAGAAGGGGAAGAAAUAACUUCAGACGAGAGCGGAGAAGAUGACGAUGACGAUGAAGAUGGUUCCGAUGAAAGCACCGAAGACGAUGGUAAGGAGAAACGUGAUGCAGGUGACGAAGCAGUCGAAGCUGAAGAAGAAGCGGGUGAUAUUGAAGAAUCAGGCCCAGAUCCGUCAGUUGAUGAGAUAUCAGAACUAGAAGAACUCUUCAGUGGAAAUCUGACAGAAAAUGAAGAAGUACCAGAAGUGGAAGGAGAAGUACCAGAGACUGCAACCGAAAUUACGGAACCAAUUGAAGCUCCUGUGAAACGGUCCGCUGAAGAAGAUGAAAGUGCUGCUGAGGAAGAAGAUGGUGAUGAAGUGAAAGAUGAAGAUGAAGAAGAGGAAGGAGAAGAAGAAGAAGAAGAUGAAGCAAAAGAAGAUGAAGCAGAAGAGGAUGAAAAAGGCGAAGAGGAAGAAGAAGGGCAUGAGGCGGCAUCAGAUGAGAGCGGAGAAGAUGAAGACAAAGAAGAAGAAGGGUCAGACGAAAGUGCUGAAGACGAAGGCGGAGAUGAUGAAGGUGAAGAGGAUAAAGAUGAAGUGGAAAAACGUUCUGCAGAAGAUGUCCAAGAAGAAGAAGAAGAAGAAGAAAGCACUGAUGAAGGAGAAAAUGACGAAGAUGAAAGUGAUGAAGGAGAAAGUGAAGAAGAAGCAAAAGAGGAUGAGGAAGGCGAGGAGGAAGAAGAAGGACAUGAAACUGCAUCCGAUGAAAGCGGAGAAGAUAAGGAUGAAGAAGAAGAAGGGUCAGACGAAAGCGGUGAAGAUGAGGGCGGAGAUGAUGAAGAUGGAGACGAUGGAGUGGAAAAACGUUCCGCUGAAGAAGAUGACAAAGAAGAAGGUGAUGAUGAAGAAGAAGGCGAUGAUGAAGAAGGCGAUGAUGAGGAAGGCGAUGAUGAAGAAGGCGAUGAUGAAGAAGAAGGUGAUGAAGAAGAUGGAAGUGAUGAUGCGGCAGCAGAAACGGAUGAAGAAGGCGAAGAGGAAGAGGAAGGACAUGAAGCGGCAUCAGAUGAGAGCGGAGAAGAUGAAGAUAAAGAAGAAGAAGGGUCAGACGAAAGUGCUGAAGACGAAGGCGGUGAUGAUGAGGGCAAAGUGGAUGAAGAUGUAGUGAAAAAACGUUCUGCAGAAGAAGGCAGUGAUGAAGGAAAAAUUGACGACGAAGAAGAUGAAAGUGAUGAGGGAGAAGGUGAAGAAGAUGAAAGUGAUGAGGGAGAAGGUGAAGAAGCAGAAGAAGAUGAGAAGGGAGAAGAGGAAGAAGAAGGACAUGAAGCGGCAUCUGAUGAGAGCGGAGAAGAUGAGGACAAAGAGGAAGAAGGGUCAGACGAAAGCGCUGAAGACGAAGGCGGAGAUGAUGAGGCUGAAGAGGUUGAAGACGACAAUAAUGAUGGAAUCGAGAAACGUUCUGUUGAAGAUGAUGAACAAGAAGAUGAUGAAAAAGAUGAAGAAGAUAAAGGCAGUGAUGAAGGAGAAAAUGACGAAGAAGAUGAAAGUGAAGAAGAAGAACCAGCAGCAGAAGAGGAUGAAGAAGGCGAAGAGGAAGAAGAAGGGCAUGAGGCGGCAUCAGAUGAGAGCGGAGAAGAUGAAGACAAAGAAGAAGAAGGGUCAGACGAAAGUGCUGAAAACGAAGGCGGAGAUGAUGAAGGCAAAAAGGAUGAAGAUAAAGUGGAAAAACGUUCUGCAGAAGAUGAAGACGACGAAAGCAGCGAAGAAAGUAAGAAAGAUAUUAGUAUUGAUACAGCUGAAAAGGAAGCCGUUGAAACAGGUGAUGAGGCUGGAUCGAACGAAAGCGGAGAAGACGACGAUGAAGAAGAAAAUGACUCUGAUGAGAGUGUGGAAUCAGACGCAUCCGGAGAAGAUGAAGCCGAAGAGGGAGAAAGUAACGAAGGUGAAGAUGAGGAGGCUGAAAAUGGGGACGAGGCCGGGUCAAAUGAAAGCGGAGAAGACGACGAUGAAAAUGAGGCUGCCUCUGACGAAAGCACGGAGACGGCUGCUGAGGGCGAAGACGAAUUUCAAGAGGGAGAAGACGACCAGGAAGAUGAAGAAGAAGAAGCUGACGAAGAGAAAGGCGACGAAGCUGGAUCGAAUGAAAGCGGAGAAGACGACGACGAAAAUGAGGCUGCAUCCGACGAAAGUUUAGAGGAAAAUGAUGCCGGUGAAGAUGAAGCGGUUGCGGGAGAAGAAGAUGAAGGCGAGGCUGAAGCAGCGGAAAAUGGAUCAGAAGCUGGCUCGAACGAAAGUGGAGAGGAUGAUGACGAGAAAGAAGAAGCCUCUGAUGAAAGUGCCGAAACGGAUGAUGGAGACGAGGAUGAAGCUAAAGAAGACGAAACCCAAAUGUUCCAGGAAGGAGAAGACAACGAGGAAGAAGAGGCUGCCGUCGAGAAAGGGGAUGAAGCAGGAUCAAACGAAAGCGGAGAAGACGACGACGACAACGAAGAAGGGUCUGACGAGAGUGCUGAACAAGAAGGCGGUGACGAGAGUGAAACAGAUAAUAGCGAAGACGACAACAACGAAGAAGAAGAAAAAGAAGAAGAAAAAGACGAAGAAGAAGAAAAAGAAGAAGAAAAAGAAGACAAUCAAGAUGAAGAAGGAGAAGAAGGCGAACCUGACAUGCCAGAAAAUGAAGAAGCUAUCGAUAAAAAAGCAACACGAAAGUUCCGAAGGAAGUUUUGGAAAUCACGUAAAAUGAAAAAAUGGUUAUUUUAA